AUGGAAAUGGGAUCUGGAUCAUCGGCAGACAUAUUACCUACAGCUCUUUGCUGCACCAUUUGCAGCCAUUGGGAGGACUCUCAGCCCAAGCCGCUUAUCAAAAGAUUCGAGCAUAUAUGGCUUAAAGAUGACACCAGUCACCAAAUUAUUAAAGAGGAAUGGGAUAAAACUGAGGGUAACACCCAAACUAAACUUCUGAUGGUUUUUGAGAAGAUUUAUCAAUGGGGCAAUGAGAAGUAUGGUAAUGUGCCUAGACAAACUCAGGAGCUCAAGGACACAACUCCUACCAAAGGUGACCUUGAGCAGAUUAAGAAGCUAGAAUACAAGCUAGAUGAUCUCAUAAAGCAUGAAGAGGAAUGGUGGGUUCAGAGGGCUAAAGCCAAUUGGCUAGCCCAUGGAGAUAAAUAUUUGAAAUAUUUCCACUUCAAGGCUUCCCAAAGGAAAAGGAAAAAUAAGUUUGGAGAUUGCAUUCUGAUCCUAAUUCUUUACUCAGUCAAUGCCUAA